ACACUGAAUACACUUCCUUAUCUGAGGCGGAGACGCCGAGGAAGAAGCUGUCAAAACACUGCAAGGCCCUCUGAGUGGGCAUUUAAACAUGACUUGGUUAUUGUCCAAAUUUGCAACUAACAUUCAUUUAAUAUGCUGUUAAGAUCAGUGGUCAUCCCACAUGUUCUACCAAAACCAAAUGACUUGCUUUCUUCUGUGGAAAAUGGACGAAGAUAAUCUGAGAAAUGUUCAUGUAAUGGAAGUCAAUGGGAACCACAAUUAUUUGGUUGGUGUGUCUCUCCAUUUCCUUCACGGGAGUACUUAAACAUCUGCAAUGACUCAGCCUGAGCAUCUCAAUGUGAGCCCCUGGGGCUUGUCUGAGUUUUUGGUCCAGAGGAGGUUGCUUGGUUUUGGGGCGCUGCUGGCCUGGAUGGUCUUGUUCCACCUGCUGAUCAAUGUUUGGCUCUUGUGUUUCUUCACAAGCCUCUUAGUGGUCUUAGGUGGUUGGCUUGGUUCCCAAGUUGUCCUGGACUCAGACAGCGUUGUUCACCUAGAGCACUUUGUUAGGCUGAAGGAGAUCCCUCACAGUGCCGAGAGCGAACAACAACUGGAAGAUGAGAUCCAGAAGACAGUUGGCAAGAUCAUACGUGAUUUUGUCACCUCAUGGCACAGCACCGUUUCCAAAGAAAAAGAGUUUGAGGAUGAGGUGCACAAUGCCAUGAUCUCAAUGGCAUUGGAGCUGAAGGGUCGAGUGGCAAGAGUUGAUAGGAAAGCUUUAUCUCAGAGGGUUUUAGACCUAUGUGGAUGUCACCUUCAGUGUUAUUUGAGUGCCAAGGAAGCCGUUAAACAUCAAGAGGUGGAAAAAGGUGAAGAUCUCUGGGAGGCGUACAGCAAACUCUGCCCUCCUCAUCCCGCUCUUCAGAGCUCUGCUGUCGAGGUGAAUUACGUACGGGCAAUUGUAGAUCUGCUUCUCCAUGCUCUUGUACCUCCUCCACAUUUAGAAACCCGAACAGGUCGAUUUGUGGUUGGCGAACUUAUAAUGUGCAACGUUCUGCUGCCUUUAAUUGCAAAACUGUCAGACCCGGACUGGCUAAACAUGAUGAUUGUAAGCAUCUUCACAAAAUCCAGCGAACCAGCACCAGAACCAGAACCAGCAGAAGUUCACGCUCCACCACAAGUCCUAUCUCCUCAAGAAAACACACUGCAAGAGCUUGAAAUUCCUUGCGUUCUGUCCCUAAAAGUCACCCCAGAGACCCCUACAGCAACGGAGGCCCCAACACCAGAACUUGCAGCUUAUGAUGUCUUUGACUCCGCUGAUCUUUAUUCCCCACACAACCUGGAGGAAGACGAACCACGGUCGACCAAACCAUUUCCAUUGGGUUUUAGCCCCAGGGAUUAUCUGAGACUCGGUAAACCCAAUCCAUUCUAUCAAGAAACCGACUCUGAUUUGGAAUCUCCUCUAACGGAUUUCAAGCAGAGCUCCCUAGAUACGCUGGCUCAGAUUGGUUCAGAGGAGACCCUUUCUGAAAGUCUUGCAGAAUUCAACUCUCCGGCUGACGCUGGGUUAGACCUCGAGGAUGAACUUCCAACUUACACCAAUAAUACGACAGAGAAGGAGCUAUCAGUACGUUCCACAAGUGUGUUUGAGGAAGAGCCAUCAAGCUUUUGCACUCUCCAGUCGCUGGAGAAGAGCAACUCGAUUGCAGACCAGCCAGGCCUGGUGUACCCCAGUGAGCUGGCUUUGACUGCACCCGUCCAGGCUUCUUCACCAGCUGGGAUGGCAUCGCUGGCACCUUUUAACUUCGAGCCCCUCAGCAGCCCAGAGGGUCCGGUCAUUAUCCAGAACCUCCGCAUCACUGGCACCAUUACUGCUAAGGAGCACCGAGGCACUGGCUCACAUCCCUACACUCUCUACAGCAUAAAGUAUGAGACAGCCAUUGACUCUGAGAAUCCUGAAUCCUUGCAGCCCAUGGCCUAUCACACCGUCAGCCGACGCUACAGCGAAUUCCUCAACCUUCAGACCCGUUUAGAGGAGAAACCAGAAUUACGCAAGAUUCUUAAAAAUGUGAAAGGACCAAAGAAAAUAUUUCCUGAGCUUCCAUUUGGAAACAUGGACUGUGACAAAGUCGAGGCCAGGAAAGGUCUUUUGGAAACAUUCCUUAGACAACUUUGUGCCAUUCCUGAAACAGCCAACAGUGAGGAAAUACAAGAAUUUCUCGCUCUAAACACUGAUGCUAGAAUUGCCUUUGUGAAGAAACCCUUCAUUGUUUCACGCAUAGACAAGAUUGUGGUGAAUGCUAUAGUGGACACCCUGAAGACGGCCUUCCCUCGCUCAGAUCCACAGAGUCCUACUGAUGAAAUUGACGCAGAGCCUGAUGGAAAAUCCUCGACUGACAAGAAAUCCAAGUCUCGAAUGAGGUUCUCUAGUAAAAUUGCCCCUGCUCUUAACGUGUCUGACAUGAAACCCAAAGUGCUUUACUGCUUUGAUGAAAGCAGCUCUGUUUUCAAUGGCUUCUCUUUGAAUGAGCUGGAGAGCUUCAUCUCAGAGAAGGAGCGUUGUGAAGCUAAAACAGGGUUUGAUGCUGAUGCAGAGAGAAGUGGAGCACCUAAAUGGGAAAUAAAAACAUGCACAUGUGCCAAAGCACAGCUACAGAAUGCACCCGCCUUCAGUGAUUCUGCUAGUAAGAUGGCUUUAUCUGACCAGGCCCUGGAUAUCCUGUGUGUGCUCAUGAAGAAUCAGUGGAGCUGGCUCUGCACAGAGAACAUCCAGAGGGCCAUCAGACUGCUGUUUGGGACCCUCAUUGAAAGGUGGCUGGAGGUGGGUGUUGUUAACCUGACCUGUACGCAGUAUUGGGUGAUUUAUCUGCGGGUGCUGCAGGAGGCCAUCUGGCCUGGAGGAAGUCUUCCGCCUCAACCCAGACCCCAACGCAGCCAGCAGCAGAAAGACGAGAGCAGAGCACAGGCUCUGCAGUGCCUUAUGAAUCUACUGCCAGAUCUGAUCUCUGAUAUGCUGGGCUCUGAGAAGUACAAGACAUCUUGGCUGACGGUUGUGGAUUCUUUUCAGGACCCCACCAUAAACAGGCAUCUUGUGUACUGCAUCUGGGAUCUGCUAAUUGAAUUUCUCGUCCCUGAGGCGUCUGAUGGAGACUUUCAGAAAACACUUCUACACAGCCUGUCCAAAAACGCUGAGAAGCUGCCACCAUAGGUGUUCUUGGGGUGGACUGGAAACACUGAACUCACUUGUAUAUAUACAUGCAUAUAUACAUAUCACAUACAAACGUGUGAUAAGUUAAAGCGUUAGACAGGAAAAUGUAAUCAAGAAAGUGUGAAUUUGGAUUCAUGACAGCCUGUGUCUGGCACUAAUUUGGUCUCCCUAUUUCUGGGACACAUGCGCACAUCCGGGCAGACAUUGAUUAAUGGCCACCUGUUUUGUGUUUUAUCAAACCACAAGUCCAAUCUCUAAAGCUCGACAUACCGGAUCUGAAUUAGUCGCAGGUUCUCCAACUUUUAUCCACCUUGUUCCUGCUUCAGCUUUGGGCAAAGCUCUUACAGAUGGACUGCGCAGAUCAUUUCUGCACUAUCCUAUUAUGUGUUUCCGGCCUUUCGGUCUUGAUAUACCUUGACUUAACACACAUUCCCUUCUUUUGCACAUAUGCACUUGAUCAUUUUGCUUCUAGCCUUUUUCAGAGAUGAUUUAAGAGGCUGUUAUCAACCUUAUCUCUCGAAGUAAGAGAGCCUGUUCUUCAACAAGUUUCCUUUUUUAAGUAUCCAAUUCAUCACAUCUGUGUCUGUUGUCACAGUAAUGCUGUAUGUUCUUUGCGUGCUUUCAGCCAACCUGUGAAGCCUUUAAGUGUAAGUUCUCUAUUCACAACCUCUAAUUAAGUGGUUGGAUGCCUCUAAGGAAAAAGAAAAGGUCAUGUUGAUUCAGCAAAAAUG